CCCAUGAUUGGUGUCAAUUUGAGGAAUAGUGCCCAAUCAUUGGUGUCAGUGGGAGGAAUAGUGCCUCAUAUUUGGUGUCAGUGGGAGGAAUAGUGCCCCAUCAUUGGUAUCAAUGGGAGGAAUAGUGGCCACCAUUGGUGUCAUGGGGGGGAAUAGUGCCCCAUCAUUGGUAUGAGUGGGGGGAAUAAUGCCCCAUCAUUGGUAUCAGUGGGGGGGAAUAGUGCCCCAUCAUUGGUAUCAGUGGGGGGGAAUAGUGCCCCAUCAUUGGUAUCAUGGGGGGGAAGAGUGCCCCAUCAUUGGUAUCAAUGGGGGGAAUUGUGCCCCAUCAUUGGUAUCAGUGGGGGGAAUUGUGCCCCAUCAUUGGUAUCAGUGGGGGGAAUAGUGCCCCAUCAUUGGUAUCAGUGGGGGGAAUAGUGCCCCAUCAUUGGUAUCAGUGGGGGGAAUAGUGCCCCAUCAUUGGUAUCAGUGGGGGGAAUAGUGCCCCAUCAUUGGUAUCAGUGGGGGGGGAAUAGUGCCCCAUCAUUGGUAUCAGUGGGGGGGAAUAGUUCUCCAUCAAUGGUGUCAGUGGGAGAAAUA